AUGGCGACUGGUCGUCGUCCAACUCUUGCAAACGAACCGACCUCCCCUUCUCUAAAUGAUGUCGGUAGAGAAUUAUUUGAAGCCUGCAGAAAUGGAGAUCUAAGUAAAGUAAAGAAAUUAGUAGAUACGCAUAAUGUAAACGCAAAGGAUACUGCUGGAAGGAAGUCUACACCACUUCAUUUCGCUGCUGGUUUUGGGAGGAAGGAUGUUGUUGACCAUCUCCUGGACUGUGGGGCCAACGUGCACGCCAAGGACGAUGGUGGUCUCAUUCCACUGCACAACGCCUGUUCUUUCGGACACGCUGAGGUCGUUCAGUUGUUGCUGCGUAACGGCGCUGACCCCAACGCCCGAGACAACUGGAACUACACUCCGCUGCACGAAGCAGCAAUCAAGGGCAAACUUGAUGUCUGUAUAGUUCUUCUUCAGCAUGGCGCAGACCCAAACAUUCGCAAUACCGAUGGCAAAACGGCUCUAGACCUUUCUGAUCCUACUGCUAAGGCCGUUCUUACAGGUGAAUACAAGAAGGAUGAGUUACUAGAAGCCUCCAGGAGUGGGAACGAGGAGAAACUGAUGACUCUACUGACUCCACUGAAUGUAAACUGUCACGCCAGUGAUGGACGCAAGUCGACCCCAUUGCACCUAGCAGCAGGAUACAAUCGAACAAGAAUAGUUCAGCUGUUACUACAACACGGAGCUGAUGUCCAUGCCAAGGAUAAAGGUGGACUCGUUCCUCUUCACAACGCCUGUUCCUAUGGACAUUUUGAAGUAACUGAAAUGCUUCUAAAGGCGGGAGCGAGUGUGAAUGCGAUGGAUCUGUGGCAGUUUACCCCGCUACACGAAGCUGCCUCCAAGUCUCGUGUUGAGGUGUGUUCUCUGCUCCUGUCGCACGGUGCCGACCCGACCCUCGUAAACUGUCAUUCGAAAAGUGCUCUCGAUGUCGCUCCCACCCGCGAACUUCAGGAGAGAUUACAAGCUGAGUACAAAGGUCAUUCUCUGCUAGAGGGCGCUCGUCAGUCUGAUUUAACACGAGUGAAGAAAUAUCUGACAUCGGACAUCAUCAAUUUCAAACACCCGUACACCGGAGAUUCUGCUUUGCACUGUGCUGCUGCAUCUCCAUUUCCUAAAAGAAAACAAGUGGUGGAUCAUCUAAUCAGAAAAGGGGCCAAUUUGAACGAUAAAAACAAAGACUAUUUAACACCGUUACAUAUAGCUGGAGACAAGGCCCAUUAUGAUGUCAUGGACGUGCUACUGAAACAUGGUGCAAAGGUGAAUUCUCUGGACGGCAGUGGCCAGACGGCUUUACACCGAGUGGGACAGCAGGGGAACAUACAGGCGUGUCGCCUGCUCAUAUCAUACGGAAUUGACUCCAGUAUUAUGUCACUGCAAGGUUACACUGCAGCUCAACAAGCCACAGAAAAUAUACAGCGACUUCUUCAAGAGGAUCCUCCAGUUGGUGGUACAGAUGUUGACUAUCAGUUGUUGGAGGCCGCUAAAGCAGGGGACAUGGAGCUGGUCAAGAAACUGACUUCAUCGAAUCCGCAUGCUGUAAACUGCCGAGACGUUGAUGGCCGCCAUUCCACACCUCUGCACUUUGCCGCAGGCUACAACAGAGUGGCUGUUGUUGAAUAUUUACUGCAGCAAGGUGCUGACGUCCACGCCAAAGACAAAGGAGGUCUUGUUCCACUACACAAUGCCUGCUCGUACGGACACUUCGAGGUCACAGAACUGCUUAUUAAGCAUGGAGCUUGUGUCAACGUGGCUGACUUGUGGAAAUUCACUCCACUUCACGAAGCUGCUUCGAAAGGCAAAUUUGAAAUAUGUAAAUUACUUAUUAAGCAUGGUGCAGAUCCAAACAAGAAGAACCGAGAUGGCCACACCCCCAUUGAUCUGGUGAAAGAAGGAGACCAAGAUGUGGCCGAUCUGUUAAGAGGAGAUUCUGCAUUGCUAGAAGCAGCCAAGAAAGGCAACCUCGCCCGAGUCCAGAAAUUAUCGACCACAGAAAAUAUCAACUGUCGAGACACCCAAGGGAGAAACUCAACACCUCUACAUUUAGCUGCUGGCUACAAUAAUGUUGAAGUGGCCGAGUUUCUUCUUGAGAAUGGAGCGGACGUAAACGCACAAGACAAGGGUGGACUGAUACCGCUACACAACGCUUCGUCAUACGGGCACGUGGACAUCGCUGGACUGCUGAUAAAGUUCAACACGUGUGUGAAUGCUCAAGACAGAUGGGGAUUUACUCCACUACACGAAGCGGCACAGAAAGGAAGAACUCACCUGUGCUCACUCUUGUUAGCACAUGGAGCAGACCCCACCAUGAAGAACCAGGAGGGACAGUCCGCUCUCGAUCUCACCACGGCUGAUGAUGUACGAGCCCUGCUGCAGGAUGCCAUGCCACCGACUCACAUGCCGCCGAGUGUUUCUAAGCAGCCAUCCAGUCUGGGAAGCACAAGUUCAUCUUCCAGCAAUAGUCUACUAAACAGCAGUGGUGACGGGUUCCUCAGUGCACUGGGAGCAACGAGUAUGUCUCAGAUCGGUGAUGGAUCGUCCAUGGAGCGAUCGCUGGGAGAAGGCGAGAGGAGUCUCGACUCAGUCAGUGUGAUAUCCUUCCUCAGCAGUGUGGGACUCGAUCAGCUCAGAGAUAUAUUUGAGAGAGAACAGAUCUCUAUGGACAUCUUAGUUGAGAUGGGACACGAGGAACUCAAAGACAUUGGCAUUAAUGCGUACGGACACAGACAUAAGAUUCUCAAAGGAGUAGAAAAACUGGUCUCUUCAAAAGGUCCUCAGUUGGUGUCUGGUGUCUCCAAUUCAGGAACAGUUCUCAUAGACCUCGCUCCAGAUGAUCCCGAGUACAUCUCUGUUGAAGAACAGAUGCAGAGCACUGUACGAGACCACAAGGAUAGUGUAGGCGGUAUUUAUAGCAGAUAUGCAAUUAGUAAAAUUCAGAAAAUCCGAAACAAGCGUUUGUGGGAGAAGUACUGUCACCGACGGAAGGAAGUUGGUGAAGAGAACCACGGACAUCCAAACGAACGACUUCUGUUCCACGGGUCUCCAUUUCUGAACGCCAUUGUUCAUAAAGGCUUUGAUGAGCGUCAUGCGUACAUUGGGGGUAUGUUCGGCGCAGGUAUUUAUUUUGCUGAGAAUUCCUCUAAGAGUAACCAGUAUGUGUAUGGUAUCGGAGGAGGCACUGGGUGCCCCACCCACAAGGAUCGGUCCUGCUAUAUAUGUCAAAGACAAUUGUUGCUGGGUCGAGUCACACUUGGGAAGUCAUUUCUUCAGUUCAGUGCCAUGAAAAUGGCUCACUCUCCUCCAGGGCAUCACUCGGUGAUCGGUCGACCCAGUACAGGUGGUUUGGCGUUCGCUGAAUAUGUGGUGUACAGAGGGGAACAGGCAUAUCCCGAAUACCUGAUCAAUUUCACAAUCCUGAAGCCCGACCCCGAACCGAAGAAGUCAUGACAAUCACCAAAGAAUCUUCCAUGUAUAAAGUGUACAAAUGAACUUAACUUUAAUGAGUGUUGAAAAACUUGAGUGUAUGAAUGUGUGUGCACAGUGUUUUGUGCUGCUUUCUCUGUAAUGUGUAAAUGACGACAGUAUUUCUGUGAGGUUUUAUGUGUUUAUGGAAGCUUCUUUUUGUGUAAAGUUCCUUCUGUGUUGGCUUUGUCCGUCUUGUUAAAUUUAUGUUUUAUAAUUCCACACACAAUAUUCUAAAUACACACAUGCAGUCAUUUCAUCUUUCACAACUAUUAUGAUUUGGGGAGUCAAAACAUUUAAAAAAUCAUUUUGUGCCUGAUGAAAUCCACUUGGUUUCACAUUCACAUUAAUAUUAUGAAUUUCACCUGUCAUUUAAUAAAAAAUACUUGUAAUAGAAGGGCCAAGGACCCCCAGUUUUUGUAUCACAUAUUUAAACAUAAUUGUUUUCAGGUAUUAAAUAUGAAAUAUUUAACAAUUGCUAAACUUCUUUUUAAUUCAGGCCUGCACAAAUUAAAAAUUUGCAUAAACUGAAAAGGGGUUAUGCCAAAAGAUGUUGCAUAACCUAUUUUGGUUUGCAUAAUCUGUUUUUUCUUUAUAAUUAAAAUAUUUUAAGAAAUAAGAGUGGCAAUUGUAAGUAAAAAGUAUAUGUAUACAAAUGUUUAAGAGAUUUAAAAAUAAUAAUAAUGAUUAGAACUAUUGUAAUAAAUUACCAAAACAUAGUGAAUGUCAGGCUUGAACUACUAUAUAAAACACAUCAUCAUGUGUGCAUAACUACGUGUGAAGAAAUAAGAAUUCACUGCAAGGCAAUCUCUUACCAUUAAUUUUAUAAUAUUAGUCUUUUUAAAUGUAUAUAAUGUCAUGACAUUCAGUUGUGAGUGGGAGACUGUGUGCCAUUCUCCUCAUCUGAGGAACAGUGGAUACUGAUACUGUCACUGUCAUUAUUACUGACACUGUCGUCGCCGUCACUGUCACUAUCUAAUUCAGAAUUACAGUUAAUAAUAGGGUCACUGUGACAAUGGUUUACCCUGGUUGCUGAUCCAGUUCGAGAUUGUAAUGACCAUCACAAUUAUAUAGUGCCAUUUUUGAUUGGUAAAUUCGGCUAUAAUGCCUUCUAACAACCAGUGGGAAUGCACCUACUGUGCAAGACAUUUAUACAAACUUGACUGGUUACGUUACGCGCUAUGAAAAAGCACUGGGUCGGGAACAAGUCUAAUGUUUGUACUAGCGAUAAAAAUAUGUUGGUACGUUGCCGGGAUUUAAUCAUUCAGUAAAUUGUACAUGAACGGUAAAUCGGUUAUGCCAAAUAAAAUGGCAUAACCGAUGCACGAACGAAACCUGCAGGCCUGUAAUUAAUUUAUUUCAUGUUUAAUUUCAGAUUAAACUUGUUGCAUAUGUAGUUCUAAUAAAUAGACAUGAUAGUACUACUGCUAUAAGUACUUCUUAUCUAAAUCGUGAUUUGUUUUUCUUAAGCUGCAUGAAAUCCUCAAAUGUGAACAACAAGACCGUAAUAUAUGAUCAAGGCAGUAUCACUGCACAAUGCAGUAGAAUAGGCAUUUGGCAAACUAGUAGUUGAUUCCAUGAAUCUCUAUCUGGUGCCUCAUCUAUUCUAUAGGGGGACAGCCAUUCCUGAGGAGAUCUUUUACUGGAGAUUUCAUCCUUGCACCACCAAAAAGAGGAAUGUCACUCCCAGACUAGUUUACUAAAUUAAGACUAGUACAGGACAGAGCUCAUUAGAAUAAGUACAGCUGUAGUGACAUGCACCCAUGAAUCACUGUCAAAACAGUGAUGAUAUCAGGUGUUCAUGAAGGAUGAGCAUAUCCUGCCCUACUGGUGGCACCUGUUAAGAGUACACUGCCACCACAGCUGGUAAGUCUGUCACUUCAUCUAAUAUGAUGAAAUAUACGGAAAUUGUAGUGUAUAUAGUCAUAAAGUUACAUAAAGGCAAAUCCAGAUUUUGCAUUUUCCGAAAAAGUACUAUCAUCAACAUACUGUUUAAAUGAGGACUUAAUAUUUGUAGAAAAGCAUUUUUUAAGUAAUAUGUGAGAAUAAAAACUUCAAAAGAUUUUCUUACUAGCAGUUGUGGAAACGGUUAAAGGCUGUGGAGACCUAAAACGUUUAGUUUUUUUAUUUUAUAAGCCAGAAAGCAAUUCAAAGAGUUUAGCCAAAUGUUGAUUUUUUGUGUUUUGCUCUGUUUCUCACAAACUAUAAAUCCUAUACAAAAUAAAACUUGGUUUAUAGUUGCAUCUACAGAUGAACAUGUUUUAAAAAAAAAAAUAUAUAUAUAUAUAUAUAUUUAAUAAGUGUUAAAUGUAGUUAGUUAAUUGACAAUGUAUAGAUCAGUACUUCUAUUAUAAGUUCUAGAUAUUGCUUUAUAGUUGCACUGUUUUAAUUUAACUGGAAUUUUUAUUUUGAUGUUGAUCAUCGAUUCAUGAAUUUAUUUACCAUUGUUUAACACCCAGUAGCCUAUGGCUUUUCCGUGCUGGGGUAAUCAUUCAUUAAACAUGCAUUCAUUUGUUUAAAACAUUUUUUACUAAGUUUUGUUUUGAGUUGUGUUUAAAUUGAAAUAGAUUAAUCAUGAAAUUUAAAUUAUAAAUUUCAUUUAAAAAUGUGGGGUUGGGGUUUUUUUUUUAAAUGUGUAGUCAGACAGCAUCUGUGGGUAGAACUAUGAGCAAUACCAAGUCAGUUUAUAGUAGGCAAGACAUUUAAUUCCAUGAAAUACAUCUUUGAAUUGUUUCAGAAAACAAACAGUCCGUUUGUAUUUCUUUCUCGUUAUGACCCUAUGAAUUGAUUUCAAUAAAUAUUUAUAAUAAAUUAUCUGUUUUUGAUGACAUGAAGCUUUUUCUCUUCUUUUUUUUAAUUAUAUUUUUACUGACUAAAUAGAAUAAUGAAUUGAACUUUGAGCUGUUAAGUCAAUUUGAAAGUUAAUUAAAAAUAAACAUUAUAAAUGGAGAUGUAUUUUUCAGAUGUUUGCUUUGCUUCAUUAAUACAUUAGAACUUAGAAUCUCAGACAUUGCAUUUUAUAUUUUAUGUAUUUCAUUAUUGCCGGGGUAUUUUAUACCUGAAAGAUACAAAUGAGUUAUUUUGUACCUGAAAGAUACAAAUUAGUUAUUUUGUACCUUAAAGAUACUAAUUAGUUAUUUUGUACCUGAAAGAUACAAAUUAGUUUGUCCUUGGUAAUGGUGGCUGGGCAUUCUAUAUUAAAACUGACUUUGGUGUAACUGGUGAAAUUGGAAAAAUCUGUUGAAAUUUUGUUUUGUUAUCAAGUAGUUAGUACAUCCACGGCUGUAUCUUCAUCUCUCUCUCUGGUGUAGUUUACAUUGUCAAUGUCUAAAAACAUCAACAAGUCACAGCUUUUUGUUUUGUUAUCAAGUAGUUAGUCUUCAUCUCUCUCUGGUGUAGUUUACAUUGUCAGUGUCUUAAAAACAUCAACAAGUCACAACUUUUUGUUCAUCUGCACCACGUUUUGUUCCUCAAAUGAAAUCUAUUCUCUUGGCUUCUAUUUUUAUAGUGAGCAGAGACUUUUAGUUAGAAGUAGUGUUUGGGAAUCGGUUGGGAUCUCAUCAUGGAACGUUGGUUAUAAUUUGUUGGCACCAAGUGAUCAACUAUCAAUUCUAAAAUCGGUUAGAAUUAUAUAACUUUAAGGGGGAUCUUUUUUUGUCUUUAUGUAUAUAUAAAUACAAACAACAGCCACAACAUAUUUAUGUCAAUUCCAUCAUCUAAACUGGAGGAACAAUUACAGUUAAAUAUUUUCUCACUCGGUUGAUUGGGUUUUUUUUAUAAUCGAUUAUGGAAACAUCACUUGUUAGAAGAAAUGACAAAAAGCUAGUCAAUGUUAAUUAAAAUAUAUUUUAAAAUAUAAACAAAUUAUGUGAUGAAUCAAUGAAAAGCUGUUAUUUUGUUAGUUUGAAAAACAGCGCUGUAUAUACAGUUUAACAUUAAAGAGACUAACAUCGGUAAUUAAUGGUACUUCAUCAAGUUAAAGAUGCAUUUUUUAAAAAUGUGUUUGGUAACCCUGAUCAAAACACAAUGCAAGUUAAUUUAUGUUGAACUCUUUCCAAGUUGUUAUUUUGUGUUGAAUUCUUUCUGUCUGUUUCCUUGAAAGCAAUUUGUAUAAAUAAACAUGGUGACUUACUAUA